AUGGACAAGAAUGACUCCGAAAGCUCGAUAGAGUCACCUAUCGACAGCGAGAGCUCUGGGGUCCCCAAACCUGCAGAAACAAGUGUGCAACCUCCGCCUCUGGAAUCUGUCGAGGAGCGGCAAGUAGAAGCCGUCUCUUACAGCUCGCGCAAAGAGUCGACAGAAGCCCUCUCAACCUCGUCCAUUACAGAGUUAUGUCGACAAUGCACGUCGGCUUUCGAAACCUGUACGCACCAUGAAAGCCUAAUAAAGCUGAAGCGCGAGUGGGCGGGGGAACGCUUCUUCGACUUCAAUAUCUAUAUUAACUGCAUCGGCGUCCGGUCCGCAUCCAGGGCAUUUCUUGAUUAUUGCCUCGACUCUGGGCAAUCUACUCGGCUCCUGCUCUCGAAUAUUCUGACCAUGCUCAAGAAGUUCCUUGCCGAGUGCAUCAGCUGUGCGGAGGCACAGUCCGGCUCGAUGCAGCCACCAAGAAGGUGGAUACGUCGAUCAAGUGGCGACUGUAAGUUUAGGCCUGAAGAACACGAAGAGCUGAGGGCUUUUUUGGGCAUCAUGUGUUUGCGACAACACACCAAGAAUGAGUUUGGCGUUGCAGCCCGAUACGACGUAUCCAAGCCAGAUGCACUGUCAACCGAGGAGUGCAUAAAAAUAUCCCAAGAGCUCAAGCUGUCUAAGGUUCAACAACGGCUCAUAGAAGUGAAUUUGCGCAGAAGAAACCGCUUCUUACAGGCACAAGAGCGCGAUCAACAGGAAAGCGUUGACGACCCUACCAAGGCAUCCACAACGCAAGAUAACUCAUGGUUUCAGGAAGCUGAGAAGAGGGCUUCACAGCCUGCCAUGAUGGCACUCACUGCACUCAGGCCCGCAGAUCGAUAUCCCAGAGCACCAAAGUUGCCCCAAGGUGCAACAGCGUUCAAGUGCCCGUGCUGCUGCGAAACUCUACCGGCCGAGUUUGCUAAUGACGACAAGCUGUGGAGGGAGCACGUCUUCGAAGAUAUUUCCCCUUAUACAUGUAUUCUCCCAGACUGCCCGACACCAUUCGACACUUACACCACGAUCCCCGAUUGGGAAGCCCAUUUUAAGACAACGCAUCGGCGAUGUUAUGUUUGCAAAGAGUGUAAGAACCAUAGCACUGCCUUCCCAGGCUUGGCGGCUUUGGCAGCGCACAUAAGAGCACAACAUUCCGAGUCUGCAUCCCCAGAUUCUGUCGAGACUCUCCUGCUUGAGUCACUCGAGUCACCAGGCAAAACUAUAGGCACAAACCAAUGCCCCCUGUGUGAUUCAACUGGCCUCGCACAUUCGCAAGAGUUCAUCCAGCAUGUUCUUGGUUGCAUCCACGAUUUUUCGCUGUACUCGCUACCCUGGGACCGGCUAUGCCAAGAUUGA